AUGGCGGAGCACACAGGGGGAGGAGAUGACGACGUCGAGGAGCUCAGGGAGCAGGACCGCUUCCUGCCAAUCGCGAACAUCAGUCGCCUCGUGAAGAAACGUCUGCCGUACAACGCAAAGGUUGCCAAAGACGCAAAGGAAACCACGCAGGAGUGCGUGUCGGAGUUCAUCUGCUGGAUCACCGCCGACGCCAGCGACAAGUGCCAGGACGAAAAGCGCAAGACAAUCAGCGGCGAAGACAUCAUCACGUCCAUGAACACGCUGGGUUUUGACGACUACAUCGAACCGCUCAAGGUCUACCUCGCCAAGUACCGGGCCGCCGUCAAGGGAGACAGAAACGCCAACAACAUGAUGGACACAGGAGGAGGAGGAGGAGGAGGAGGAGGAGGAGGAGCAGCAGCAGGGGGGAGGGGGGGUUAUCAAGACGACAACGCACCACCAAGCGGGUCCAUGGCACUAUUAUCUUAUCGAGGUGGCGCCAGCGGAGGCGGCGGUGGUGGUGGUGGUGGGGGUUGGGCGGGAGGUGGUGCGGCGGGGGGGUUCGACAUGGAUGAGGAGUUCUGAUGGUUACAAGUCUUGUGAUGUGUGUGGUGGUGAAGUGUGUUUGUGUUUUUUUUUGUUUUCUUUUGGGCAGCAUCGACCGUGCUAUCAGGGUUAAAUGACAUAAUUAUAUCGGGCUGAUCAAUGAGAAGACGCUUUAGCCAGAGCACGGGAAAAACGUGAACAAUCUCUCCGUGUGGUGGUGAUCUGGCUCCCUCGAUAAGGUGUGCCUGUGGCGUCUACUGUGUGCAAUUAUAUUUCGUUGUGAACGCCGCACAUCGGGGAGGAGGCGAUCAACCGCCAGUCAAUCAUCAAUCGAGUUGCUUGAGCUGAUGGUUGGAGGAAAGAGUCUCAGGUCGGCCUCCAGAACUCUGUACACAAAAACAGCAGUAGUUACGCAGCGUUAGGCGAACCGAGGGGUUUGGCGACGAAAGCGUCCGGGCCGGUUCAGGCAACAACAAUAGCCUAGUCUAUCAGCAGACCGUUGUACGCAAUCGAGGCCCUUUGAUAAGAGCCAACCGGUGCCAGGCGCAGGCUGAUAUUGUCCCCUCUACUGUAGCUUCUAGUAUUAAAACAGGUGGGGGGGGGGGUUCCGAGUUCCCUUGUAACACGGAGCAGCGGGAAGCUGCUGAACACGUUCGUUCGUGUGUCGCCCGGUUAGGUACGCGUGGAGUGUUUCUUCUUUGAGCCGUUCCAUUGGACCAUGAUGGAGUCAAGCCUGGAUUUCACAAGUUGUUGCUGAUGGUGCAGCGGCACGGAACAAGUGUUACGAUCGUACGUUUGUAUGUACGUACGUACGUGAUUUACCAGCUGUUGAGGUCAGGUGUCUUGUUGGACGUCUGUCUGCGUUUUUGUGCUCGUUCGGUCUGGUUCUUUCUGGGUUUGUCCUGUACAGUAAUUACGGGGGGGGGGGGGGGGGUCGGCGACCUGUCUACUUUAUUCAAGAGUUAAGUAGUGGUUUCUUACGCGUGUGGCUACAAGAGAGUGGGGAAAAAAUUGCAAUGCUACACGAUAACGACGCGUUACUGCCGCGCUCCUUGUCCAAAUCGACGACGAGGCUCCCGUGUCCAAGUCGACAAGGAGCUUCGUGUAGCGUGUGCGUCUCAUUGGCCUCACCUCGAAGACCAAUAUAAUACCCCCAAGCUUUGUGUGUGUUCGAUUGGUUAAUAGCUUUGAAACUGGAAUUCCACGCGUGGCGUGCGUCUCUUCCAUUCGACGUCUAGAGUAUACAUCAAGCGGCGGAAGUCUGCCGCUGGGGUCUCGCACCGUACGCCGCAGCAUCCUGUCACAGGAUUAUUUGGGGCUACAUACGGUACCGUUGGCUACGAGCUUUAGCCUUUAAUACCAAUCAAUUUGUGGGGUGAGUUCCUCUCUAUUUUGCUAUUUUGGAGGUUGAAUUUUUCUCUGUCAUUUCAUCCGCGAGAAUGUUUUUUUAUUUUUAUGUUCAAGCUUUCUGUGCAUGAGGCCGACAAGAGAAGUAAGCGAAACGAGACGCCGUUUCUUCGUUUUCUUUGUGACAGAAGCAAAAAGAAAUCGUUUCGUCGGUAUUCAACGGUCUGUUCGGCGAACGAGAUACAUACAUACAUACGCAGCUCUUUGAUAUUCUUUCGGGAUAAAGAGACGGCCGAAAGGUUUGGUAUGUUUCGUCCGAAGUAUGAUUUUCUAACAACUGUCAGUGGCUCUUGCCGAAGAGACAGACCGUAGCGUCGAGCUUUCGUUAUGUCGAUAACGUUGAUGGGCAUAUGAGUCUGAGAUUAUUGUUGGAAACAAAGUUGUUGCUGUCCUGCUUCAAGCGCACGCCCAUCACUUGUCAUCAUCCCGUUCUAAGCAGGCCUGGUCGUGAGGUCAGCCAGAGCAACGACAUAUUCUCUACCUGUGAAGUACUGCAUUUAUUUUGCGGAAGCACACCGAGCUGCAUCUCACGCUGUCUAGCGUUCCUCUUGGCCAUAGCCACAUUGCCGCUGCGGACGCUUAUGCCCCAAUAACAGCAUACGACGGCCGCAACAUGAUUUGUUGGGCGUGUUCAAAACAGAGCGUGAGCCUCAAAAGAGACAAGCAGCUGGUUUUUCGACUAUUGAUUGUUCUAAGAUUACUCAACGGAGCGGUCGAACAAUGCAUGGUACCAUGUUUUUUGUGGAACCAGACAUCACAAAGACACUCUUCUUCCUUCGAACUGCGUUGUUGUUCUAGUGGAUGAGACAGAUUUCCUUGUUUCAGGGCUUUUCACGAUGUAGACCCGCUCUGCCGUGCGGUUUGUUUCUUCGAGUGUUCACGGUAGAGGGCGUUUUUUUUCCAUGUAGGUGGGAAAUGUCACGUGGCGGGGCGGGGUGUCUAAAUAGCACGGUUUUGUGCGAUGGGGUUGGUCUACUUGGUAGCAUUAACCG